AUGUUGUAAGUAAAUUUUUGAUCAUUUGAUUUUUAUAUUUCAUAUUUUAUGAGGUUUUUAUAACAUCAUUCUGUCGGGAAAAUAUUGAGAAAAAUGUCGCUGCUCCUAUCGCAAGCAAAAAGAAAUUUGGUUUUGCCACGAGACAACUCAUUUUCUCGACGGCGGUGGGAUUUUUGAUGCGACAGAGUGCUCAUUAUUUUCCCGACACACUGACUGAACUGUACAACAGACUUCUUUACAACAAAACCUCUUUAUAACAGACAAUUUCUAAGGCUCAAAGCCCAGUUUUAGUUGGAAAAACCCUCCAAAAAACAAAAUCUAUCUAUAAACAAACGAAUUUUUUUGGCCUCUUGUACUUUUUAGCCUCUUAUUCAUUGUACAGAGGCUUGACUUUAUUUUUUACUAAACUUUUUUUUGAUGACUUUACUUUUUACUACAUAUUUUUAACUUUUUCUCUCUUUACCCAACUUUUAUCUCCCAUCUUGACUUUAUUUUAUAAUAGAGACAAUAGAUAUGCAAAUAGGUAUAUGCAAUGACUCAUUUCGCGCCUCGUGAUUUCUUUAUUCGCAAUCAGCCCAUUGCCCAUUCGGAAAGCAAUGGGCGGUGUCUGAAAGAGGAAGACUGAGGGGCUUUCAUCUUUCUGGCGUUUUCGCGUUUUAGGAUCGAUUUUGGCGCCGACUUCAGCCUAAAUUCUUAGUUUACGCUCAGUUUUGUCAUUCUUUCCUCGGCAGCCGAAAUUGUCUGGGAAUAUUUCUGCUGAAAUUUAGUAAAUAAAUUUCAAAUUUAUGGGUUUGCGGAAAAAUUUUCGAGACAUUUAGUACAUAGGAUGUAUAGGAUACUGUCAGUUUGCCAGGCAAAUAAUGGGUAUCAUUUCGAUGGGCUGAAUGCGUCGCUGAAGUAAAAAACGAUUUAAUUUUGUGACAGAAACCAUUUUCUCGGCGGCGCUGUGAUUUUCGAUGCGACAGAGUGGUUAUUAUUUUCCCGACAUACUGAUAGGAUACUAAAAUUGCUACAAUAUCUGUUGGCGCUGUAAAAGACGUAGGAGAGCUCACAAAUUUUCCAGCAAUAUCUUCUGGAAUCUCUGCAAUUUUAAGUUAUAGUUGAAGUAAUGAGCUAUUCAACAAUCUCAACGUCUACACCCGAUUUGAAGAGCGUUUUUUGUAGAAUUUUUAGCUUUUUAUUUUUUCUUUUAGCAAAGGGCAAUGAUACAUAAUAUCAGUCUGUCGGGAAAAUACUGAGCACUCUGUAGCGUCGAAAAUCACAGCGCCGCUGAGAAAAUGAAUUGUCUUCAAGGCAAAAAUCAGAUUGCUUUUCACUUCAGCGACGCGAUUUGGCCGGCUAAAUUGUGCUUAUUAUUUUCCCGAUAGACUGAUAUAAGCGUCUUUCUUACCAUUUUAAGAUUUAUAAUUUUAGAAGCCGAGAUCCCAGCGGCUCACCGUAUCAACGACUCCGAAGUCAAUCCCGCAUCCGUCACCCGCCGACCCCCCGACCGCUCCGAACCUCCUCGUUCGAGACUCCCGUCAAAUCUCCUGAUUCGACUGGACGAUCAAUCAAAAGAAAGAAGAUGUCCGCUACAGUUACACACCUAAUGGAACAGUAUCGUCAAUGA